AUGGGCUUUAGGGCGAUAGAGAUCGAUCGUUUCACGGAGGUGGUUCAAUCCUGCGUUGGAAAGCCUGUACACAUACGCAAAAGGGUUAUGAAAAUGAAUAAUACUGUCGUGUGCAAGUGUUUGUUUGGAAAUGAUUGCAGACAACAGGAUGUGUUGAUCGAAUUGGCGGAACAAGUGGUGGCGUUAUCCAGUGGGUAUUAUGUUGCAGACCUGUUUCCUACGUUAACUUUCCUUUCUACCAUUUCUGGGAUGAAAUCUAGGUUGACGAAGAUUCACAAGUCUCUUGAUAACAUUUUUGAUGAAAUCUUUGAGGAACGUCGAAUCAGAAGACAAACAGUUGGUCCAACAGAAGACGAUCUGAUUGAUGUUCUUUUCAACAUCAAAGAGCGUGGUGGUCUUCGGUUCCGAGUCACAGACAACAAUAUCAAGGCGAUCUUUCUGGCCCAAGCAGAAGUGAGAGAAGCAUUUAAGGGAGAGAAAACAAUCGCCGAGACUGAACUACAUAAGUUGGUUUACCUUAAACACAUAAUCAAAGAAACUUUAAGACUUCACAUUACUAUUCCACUAUUACUACCAAGGGAAUGUAGAGAGCAGGUUAAAAUUGGUGGUUAUGAUAUACCCGAAAAAAUGAAAGUCGUUGUUAAUGGCCUUGCAUGCGGAACUGAUCCUGAAUAUUGGGAUGAUGCACAAACCUUCAAACCAGAGAGAUUUGAGAACACUUCAUACGAUUUCUUUGGUACAAGCUUCGAGUAUAUCCCUUUUGGAUCAGGGAGGAGAAUUUGUCCUGGGAUUGCUUUUGGUUUGGUAUCUAUUGAGCUCACUCUUGUUAGAUUGCUAUACCACUUCAAUUAG